AACGAAAAAGAAAGAAAAAUCUGUGAGGACGAAAACUCUCCGUCGUUCCGGCGAGUUUCUCCAGUGAUCGGCAAAGUCUUUCCGGCAUCUAUUGAAUUUCUCUAAACCAAUUAGAAUAUUAUCGGUCUUGAUAAAAUAAAAUGGUUCAAAGUCAGUCGUUAAGCACAUUAACAAUCUGUGGAAGUGUAAAAGUUUCAAGCUUGUUGAGGAAUCGUUUAAAUUCAGUGAAAGCUUCAAGCUUGAUCGGUGAUCGAUGUGUUUCGUGUCAGUUUUUGCGUAAAUCACCGUCCUUUAGAAGCCAUUGGAAGUCAUUAAAGCAAAGAAAUUUGUUGAGGGUUGAAGCUAGAUGGCCAUUUCAAGGAGGUGGUGAACAAGGUUUAGACCCGAGCUCUGAGAGAAGCGAGAGUGCUAAUGAAGAUAUAUUGAUCUUUUUCUUUCAGCUGGAUUUGGCUACUCGUGUACAGUAUGCAAUGAAUCUGGAGCAGUACGACAUUGCGCAACAACUAAGAGAAAAGCUAACUGAGGUGGAAGAGGAGUCGAUAAGGCUGCAGGAAGGGAAAAGAGGGUCAUCAGCUAAAAGUGAAGCUCAAGACAAGGGUAUUAGCAUUAUAAGGCUACGUGCAGAUCUCCAGAAUGCCAUUGACAGUGAGGAUUACGGUUUGGCAGCUAAGUUACGAGAUGAAAUCUCAAAGCUUGAGGCAGAAUCAUUAGCUGUAUCUGCGAAAGCCUUGGCUUUUGAGAAAGCAGAGUAUGCAUUUCGUUUGGGACAGAAACUUAGACACAAAACUUUUGGUUACCGGGCUGUAGUGUGUGGUAUGGAUCCAAUUUGCAGUGAAUCAAGCUCUUGGAUGGAAGCUGCAGAGGUUGAAAAGUUACCUCGUGGAUCCAAUCAGCCAUUUUAUCAGGUUCUAGUCGAUGUUCGGACGCACCCAGAUCUACUAGUGGCAUAUGGUAAGCUCUGAGUUUUCAAGUCCUUUGGAUCUCAACAUCUUCCUGCUGCACAACUUUAACCACUGAACAAUCUCACUAUUACUUGACAAUGGAUCUGAUAUUGCAGUUGCUGAAGACAAUCUGUUAGCUCCUGAAAAACCCGAUAAGGUGAGUAGUCUCAAUAUGGACAAUUUAAUCCCCAUUGCAACUGUUUGACUCAUAUUUCUGUUUGGUAUCUGCAGGAAAGGUUUGAUCAUCCAUACAUUUCUUUUCUCUACUAUGGAGCUGACACAGCUGGAGAUUUCAUCCCUGUCAAACAAUUGCGUGAGAAGUACAACAGACCUCGGCAUGAAGUUCCUUUUGAUUCACAAGACGAAGAUUAAGAUGAAAACCUAAGAGUUCACAACCGCAGACUCGAGCACAAACCACAAAAAAAACAGAACUCUAGCAUAGCUCAAAGCAUCUAGCAUCCAACUUAGAGAUGUUCUGUUGGUUUUAUACCCAUGUAGAUGUAGUUAUCACUUAGCAGUUAGCACGACUGUUCUUGCUAUAUACACUGAAACAAGUCAACUUUAUUCAAGAAUGCUUUGUGUAUAAAUGCUUCUUUGUUCAUCCU